GGAAAUGUUUGUGGGUAGCUUGGAAAUACUUGUGAAUUUCAAUUCUUUUCGAAAUAUUGAUCUAUUUGAUUAAGGAUAUUAUUCAUUGAAGGUGGAAAUGAGCUCAGAAAAUGCUGAAGUUGGAUAACCCUAUCUAAUGAUAUCGCAAACUGGCAAUAAAAAUGAUGGAUAUAUGUUGGACUCAUGGUUUUGUUCGAGAGUGUUUGAUAUUUAGUAUUCUGAACAAUACAUAGAAUUGGACAACACUUGUUUAUUUAGAAUCCUCUAUUAGGCUCAUCCAAACAAAUAUGCCGCAAUCAAAGUGAAUGUAGGUUUGUUGUAUAGUUAAACCUUGGAGGGAGAAAGCCCAAUUUUAUCGAUGCAAUAAGUUAGUAAUUUCGAAUGCAUAAUCAACAACGCAUGCGAGGGAGUCUAAUAAGGAGUGGAUGUAAUAUUCGAUAACAAUCAUCUCUGCACUACGAGGAUGUAUAUUUAUACUAUGAUUUUGGACUACCGAUUCACAGGAGGAGUCAAUGGAUUUCAGGAGUUUCUGAAGACCAAGACAAAAGAUUGUAAUUCACUCCAUCUAAAAUAUUAGUUGAGUCACAGGAGGUCAACCAAUUCAUAGCAGAGUAUGUGGAUUCUCUGGGAUCCAUACAGACGAAGUACCGUAAUUUGCUAAUCUAAAUCAUUAAUGAAUUGAAGGAUAAGAAUAUUUAAAUGCAGAAUUUAAUGAGGAUUCCCAUUGUGCAAACAGCCAAAUUCAAAGCCAACUUACAGACUAAAAGUUUGGGAGAAGAUUGUCUAUUGAUAAUCAAUCAAUUGGGACAGUCUUUAUUCUAAUUGUGGAAUCAAUUCCAACCGUUGCUCAAAUACUCUAGGAAUUACCUCGUGGAAUCAGUAGACCAAAGAUUGUUAUAAAACUGUAAGAAACUUUCAUCGGAAUCUGUCAUUUCCAAUUAGGCUACUUUCGAAGAGAUUCAAACUCAAAUCUCAUUGCCGUUGCUUAAACAGAGGGAAGACAUUUGGAAUCAAGCAAGGAAAAGUUCAAAGAAUCAGACGCCAAGUAUAUAGUUAUUGGAUCAAUUCUACUCACAACCUAAUGCAUUGCCUUUCUUCUUUGAAGAUGUGGUUUCCUCACAAUAAAACAUCACUCAAUUUCAAUAGCAUUCAUAAAAUAGAAAGCAUGUUCUUAUAUUGGUUCAUGGGUAUUAGGGCACUUCAGCUGACUUGCAAACUUGGAAGAGUUACUUGAAGAUUAAAUUCCCAAAUCACUUAAUCAUCCAAUCGGAGAUCAAUUAGGAUGACACAGAAGAUAGUAUCUCUGUUAUGGCUAGUAGAUUGGCUCAAGAAAUAUAGAGGUAAAUCACUGACAGAACCCACUUAAAAUAACAAAUUUAAAUAUCAUUCAUUGGACAUUCCUUGGGAGGAGUGUUGAUUAGAUGUGCUCUACAACACUUGGGUAAAUAUCAAGAUUGCAUGCAUACCUUUAUUAGUUUGGGUUCUCCUCAUGUUGGAUUGGGCAUAUAACAAUCCACAUUGAUUGAUGCAGGAUUAUGGUUUAUGAAGGCUUUCAAAAAGGAAGAUCAAAGAGUCUGUUUAAAUCAAAUGACUUUGUGUGAUGAAAAAGAUGUCCAAAAGACCUUCUUCUAUAAAUUGUCUUAGAACUCAAAAUUUGGAUGGUUCAAGAAUGUCAUUUUGGCUUUUUCACUCCAAGACAGCUAUGUCCCUUUCUCAUCAGCCAGUUUGACUCGAAUCAAAGAACAAGGGUAACACUUAUUGUCUAUUUCGUAGUGAUCGAGCAAAUGCGCACAAUCAAAUGGUGGAUUAAUUGUUUCAGCAAGUACCGUCAACCUUAAUUAAAACUUCAGUUUUCUUUCCCAACAUGAAAGCUAAUCUUGAUAAAAUGAUUGGCCGGGCA